ACCAAUCGAGACUUGAGGACAACCUGGGACGAUUAGCAAACGAAUGCAAGCUGCUAGAUGGAACGAAAGCACUGAGAGAAACUCAAGAUGACGGUGAACCCGCUAGCCACGACUCAGCAGCUACGGCUUAACCUGAGCCUUCCCUUACAGUCAUUGAAGCAGCGUAACCGGGUGGCCAUCAGGAAACCAAGACGGCCGCAUCUUCCCGAUCGGUCAUCUCGCAAUUAUUCAGUGGCCGAAAUCUAUCCGAGCGUGCCCUCCCUCAGCUUACAGCUUGAUUCUCCCGCCGAUGGACGUCUUACCACUGAGGUCAAACCAAACUCUAGGCAAGAAUUCGAUCUGGCUAAUGACAAGGUGGAGAACUGGACUUCAAGAGCACAUGCGGAUAUCCCGUUUCGACCGGAUUUCACAUUAUUCGAACCAAUAGAGCCUGUCGAUGAUAUAUCUCAAGCAAACGCAAACGACCACACGGUACUUGACCUGAAAUCCCGAAUUGAUACAAGCUUGUCUGAACGGCUAGUAUACCUCAUUCGUGAUGAUCCCGAUGCGGCUGAGCAACUGAGAUCUGAAAUCAUCAAAAGUGGGAUCAAUCUACCCAUCAAUCUCAAAAUCACUUCGCACUGUUUCGACUUACUCUUCCAGGCCCACAACAUCGCAUCCUAUCUUGAAUGGCUCCCUCUCGUAUCUUCCUCCCAUCUCCAACAAGCCAGCUGUCUAGAUAUACGCCCUCCCAUUCCGAUUUCCGAAGUCCAUCUGAAUUACAUUUUGAAAUCAAUCCCCCAUGAACUCUCAUCGAUUUUAAAAUUCCUCGAAAUUCUUGUCGUCAAAGGAUGUUUUUCAAGGCAUGUUGGUUUCACAGCAAUCAGACACCUAGUCCGUACCCAGUUGCCUGCGAAGACUAUUUCAACGACUGAAAAGAUGUGUUCAAUCAUCAAGAAACAAUCAUAUUCUGACGAAUUGAUCAAGUCAUGCUACGAUUUCCUCGUAGUCCAGUUGGCCAACCAAGGACACCUUUCUGAGGCGAUCGAUAUUUUGUACACACCUCCUCAGCAGUCCAACUCAAGAUAUGGAUCCGGUUCGGCCAAAGCGUACCCCUUGACAUAUCAAGCAUUAGCUGAUCAAAUGAUAUCUAAGAUCAAGGAGGACUCUCCUCAAUCAACCCAAAAUUGGUCUCGCGAGCUAAACAGAUUGAUUUCUCGUUGGCGUGAGACAGAUCAACCUAGUCUCAGUCUCUGGCUAGCCAAGAAAUCAGAGUGUUUGAACUCACUCAAUCUUCCACCAUUAACAAAGCAAAUCUCGAAAAAAUAUGUCAAAGUCUUCAAGAAUGCGAUGAGUGUUAAACCUGAAAUUUGUCAUCAGAUCUCAUUGGAGAAACUGGAUCAAUUCAUUACCUAUUUCCGAUCUCUCUUCGAUCAAAACCAUCAUCCAAAGUUUGUCAAAGCUGCCCAACUAGCGAACGAAAUUCACCAGAUCCUACCCCUGCGGAACUCGUUUCGAAACAUUCAAGCAAGUCUACAUCCACAUGGAGGUAGUCAACAAGAAGGAACUGAGGAACAGAUUCUUAAAUCAUUCAUUCUUGAACCUCCUGGUCGUCUAGGUGUUAAGCCAGGCCAAGCAAGCAAUCAAGCCACACAGCUUUGUCCCAAUUUCACGAUUGAAACCCGGUCCGACAUCGUCUUCCUCUGGGCCCACAGCUGGAUGAUCUUUUACCAUCGAUCUGGACAACCACGACGCGCGAUCCAAAUCUUUCUGGAUUAUUUCAUUCCCUUAGGUUGUGAUGUAAACCUUAUAAAUCAGGUCCGAUGGGGUCCGAAUCGGGAUGGGAAUCCAUCAAGGACUCGGUCAAAUCAAUUUACAUCUUCAACCGAUCCAACUGGACUUAACUACCAAAAAUUAAUUCAUCCGACCGUCGGUGUUUUGACGGUUCUAUACGACUCAAUCCUCUCGAUCUGUCCUCCCAAAUUGAUUCCCAUAGUCUUCGACUCAUUCCUCACCCAGCACUUUCAUCAGCCGUCCGGACCAUCGUCGCCGACUCAUCCGAAACUGACUAAACGACUUGAGCCCAAUCUCGGCUCCUUCCGACCCUUUGUCCGAGCUUGUUUGAAAGCCAAAGAUGUCGAUGGAGCAUUGAAAAUCUUGGAAUCGAUGCACAUUCAUCUAGACCAACUGGCAGAUGUCAAAACCGGUGGUGUUCAGGAUGAAGGCGGAUGGAUCGAUCUGAUGGAAUGGUGUGCGAUACAUUCCUCGGGCCCGAAACCGAAAGAAUUCGAUCCAAAUUAUCAGUGGGGUGCUCAGCGAAAACGAAAGAUUAAGGGUUGGGAUGGGAAGAUGAAGGAAGAAUUGAUCUACUUGGUCUUACAAAAGUUCUUCGUUUUGAAGUUGAACACGAUACCACAGCCACUAUUGACUUCCGACAUCCGAUUGAAGGACCAACACAACCCGCAAAACUUUUUAGAGAAAUCCAAACCAAAUAACUCUGUUCAAAUCUCAAAAAUCUUUACGGUCAAGAACCCUUUGAUCCAAUCGAAACUGAAUUUUCUUGAUGCCCCUACCGAUCCUUCAAAAUCGACUUUGAUAACCUCAUUCUCCUCUCAAUUUCCCAGUUUAAAAUUAAUCUCAAAACUUAAAUAUGGCUUUUAUCUGUCAAAAAAUUCUAAUGGUUUGAAGGUUACCAAUAAGUUAUUGAUGAAUUAUAAAUAAAUGUAAACCUUCUUGAUUUGUCUAUAUAAAGACAGGAGGAAAUUAGCCAGCAUUUGCAUGUUCACACAAAAUCAUCCUGG